UUUACGAAACGAAAUGUCAAAGUAGAGGUUAUGGCCACAUAAUUCAAAUCACGAAAAUUUGUGCAUUUGUGUAUAUAUUGUUGUAAAAUGUUUCGUCCUUCUUCGAUUCGUAGUCUAUAUUCAACAUUCACAAAGAAUGGAAUACAAGCGCGCCGACCUGAACUGCCUUCUAUUCAGUUAUUUAAUAUACGAUAUAAAUCCUCUACUCCUAUUAAUACCAUAAUUAUGUUUGUUCCACAACAGGAGGCAUGGAUAGUUGAAAGAAUGGGAAAGUUUCAUAGAAUAUUAGAUCCUGGAUUAAACAUAUUAAUACCUAUUGUAGAUAGAGUUAAAUAUGUACAAAGUUUGAAGGAAAUAGCUAUCGAUGUUCCUAAACAAAGUGCAAUUACUUCAGAUAAUGUAAAUCUAAAUAUUGAUGGAGUGCUGUUUCUUAGGAUAAAUGAUGCAUAUCUUGCUUCAUAUGGUGUUGAAGAUCCUGAAUUUGCAAUCACCCAAUUAGCUCAAACAACGAUGAGAAGUGAAUUGGGAAAAAUAUCACUAGAUAAAGUUUUCAGAGAACGUGAAUCUUUAAAUGUUAACAUUGUAGAAUCAAUAAACAAAGCAAGUGAAGCUUGGGGUAUCACAUGCCUCAGAUAUGAAAUAAGGGACAUAAAAUUGCCUGCACGAGUUCAAGAGGCUAUGCAAAUGCAGGUUGAAGCUGAAAGAAAAAAACGUGCAGCAAUUUUAGAGUCAGAAGGAACACGGGAAGCGGAGAUCAAUGUUGCUGAAGGAAAACGUAAAUCAAGAAUUCUUGCUUCAGAGGCUGAGAAACAAGAACAAAUUAAUAAAGCUUCUGGUGAAGCAUGUGCAUUAGUUUCUGUAGCUGAAGCAAGAGCAAAAGGUUUAUUAUUAGUGGCAGAAUCUUUAAAGAAUGCGGAUGGACAAAAUGCAGCAAGUUUGAGUGUUGCAGAACAAUAUGUGCAAGCUUUUAACAAAUUGGCCAAAACCAACAAUACGUUAAUACUGCCAUCAGAUGCUGGUGACGUGUCAUCUAUGGUGGCACAGGCUUUAUCAAUAUAUGGACAAGUGACGAGACCAAAACAAGAGCCGAUAAUGCCAACAUCAAUUCCUAAUCCUCGUUCAAUAUUACCUACAACAUCUGUUACAAAAAGUACAACAGAUGUAAAUAAAACAAUUCCGUCUGUAUCAGUUGCAAAGGAUCCAGAAUAUUAUAGUGAUGAUGAAAGCAUAGUACCCAAAACAACAAACACAAGUACAGAAAAUAAAAAAUUGUGA